AUGCAUGAAGGUCGGCCAGCGACCGUUCGUCUUCUGGAUGGCGAGUUUCUGGAAAUUUCGGUGAUCGCUAGGCUUAGUGUGAACGACGUGCUUACACUCGCUGCACACCACUGCCGUAUCACGCAGCCGGACACGCGGUUUUUCGGUCUUGCAUACGUCGACAGCAAUGAUCACUAUCACUGGCUGCAACCGGGGAAAAAUCUGCUCGAUUAUGAAUUCCCUAGUGACAAAGCUGUGAUACAACUCACACACAAUGUCCGGUUUUUCGUCGACUCCAUUUUGUGUCUCGAAAACCCUUCCACUAUUGAGAUGUUUUUUCUCGAAGCCCAUCAGCAACUGCGAAAGGGUCAGCUAGAUUUAUCUAACAAUGAUUACGCUCGCGUUGGUGGAUUAUUACUUCAAAUUUACCGUGGAGAUAUAAUUGAGGUAAUGCAAAUUGUGGAGAAAUGCUUGAAGUACGGCAGUCGACUGUAUAGAGUCAAAGAACGUGAUGGUUCCGCCUGCAUCCUUUCUAUUAAUAAUAGAGGCAUACAAGUCUUCGAAAACGAAGAUACCUUUCGGCCUAAGGAGAACUUUCAUUGGUGUUAUUUGGACAAUCUGUAUUAUAAAGAAAAUAUAUUUUCUGUGGAAGUUCGCGAUCCAAGGUCGAAACAAAUAACCGACUUCAAUGUGUUAGGAGCAUCAUUGGCUGAUGAUGACGAAUUAGCUUUGGCUGUUAGCGAUCCUACUACACAGUAA